CAAAACUAUUUUUGUUAUGAUUUUAACUAUUUUUUUCCACUCAAACUUGACCUGUUGGAGAAGUGCCGGUUGGCACUGUACAUGGCUGUUCUUUCCACUCUUCGACCAUCUAAUAGGCUUUUACAGAUCAUAUUCAUCCUUCUCAUUCUGCGUACACGAUUGAUAACCUUACCAAAGGAUUCUUUUGAAAGGUUGAGAGAUGCGACCGCUGGAAAACGUUUGUCUGCUGCAGAACUGACAGCAGUAUUGCAGCAGAUUUACAUCAAAGAACGCGACGGCUCGAAGACGUUGUUGGUUCCGUAUCGUAACCGGCUGGCCAAGGUUUCGAUACAUGAUACUGCUGCAGAUAUUCUAGCGUCAAAUGCAAAACACUUUCCUCUUCAAUCCUCCGACUCUAAGAAAUCGAAGGGUCUCCUCGACCCCAAAUUUGUCCGCGCGCUUCGUGCUCUCUUGUUCCAUAUAGCCAUACCCUCAUGGAAAUCCAAAGAAGCCUUCAUCCUUGCUGUUCACUCCUUCUUCCUCGUCGCUCGCACAGUCCUGAGCGUUGCAGUGGCACGAUUGGAUGGUAUCAUUGUAAGAGAUCUUGUCCGAGCUGACGCGCGGGGCUUCCUGCGUGGACUGGGACUCUGGUUCGCCCUGGCUGUACCAAGCACAUACACGAAUGUCAUGAUCAAACACUUGCAGUCUACACUGGCUUUGCGGAUCCGUACUCGUCUCACCAGGUAUAUCCAUGACUUGUAUCUCUCGAAAUACCCAGAUUUGAGGUAUUACCGACUUGGACUUGGUGUUGGUGCUAAACGGGAUUUAUUGGGCGAAGGACAAGACACCGGUAAUGCUGGCAGUAUCGAGGGAGUGGACCAAUACAUCACUGCAGAUAUCGAAGCUUGGGCUGAGGGUGUUAGUGGUCUGUACGGGAAUCUCAUGAAACCCACGCUUGAUUUGGUUCUUUUCACCAGCCAAUUGAGCCGUUCUCUUGGGCUCAGGGGUACAAUACUGCUAUUUGGGACCUAUUAUGCUACGGUGCGCAUCCUCAAAGCUGUUACACCUGCUUUUGGAAAAUUAUCCGCCGUUGAAGCCAAACUCGAAGGCGAUUAUCGUGCAGGGAUGGGCAGACUUGGAAGAGAAGGCGAGGAGAUUGCUUUUUACGAUGGAGGUGCUCGAGAAAGGGAUAUUCUGACCAGAGCUUACAUGAAUCUCAUACGGCACGUCAAUUCUGUUUACAAGAUUCGAAUAGCAUACGAAUGGACGGAAGAUUAUGUUAUCAAAUACCUUUGGUCUGCAGCAGGAUAUGGCCUCAUUGCGGUGCCUCUCUUGUUCACCCGUCGACGUCGUCCAGCAGCACAGUUUGGCUCGAAUCCGGGUUCCAGCCUGUCCGCAUCGAGCGACGGGAAUGAAGUGAUUGCUUCACGUACUGAAACAUACAUCUCCAACCGUAGACUCCUUCUCUCUCUUGCAGAUGCCGGGGGGAGGCUAAUGUACGCUUACAAAGAUGUCCUAGAGCUUGCUGGUGUAACAGAGAGACUAUACUCGCUCGUUUCAAGUCUAUACGCAGUCAAACCGGUCUCGACUGGGUCCAACUUUCCGUCUUCAUCGGGUGAUAUCACGAAUAAUAUAAUAGGACUAGAACACGUUGAUAUUGGGACUCCUGCUCAAGGGACCUCGCUCAACGAGUCCCAUAUAUUAUCCGAUUCGGCCGAAUCUGUCCACGUUAAAUCACAGUCUGUCCUCAUACGCGAUCUUUCAUUGUGGCUGCGAGAAGGAUCUGGCGAGCAUCUCAUGAUUACCGGGAGCAAUGGGGUAGGCAAGACGGCCAUAGCAAGGGUGUUGGCAGGCUUGUGGGGCCCAUCUAACGAAAACGGCAAGGUGUUUAGACCUCAGUCGCUGAUGGUUGUUCCCCAGCGAGUCUAUAUGCCUGUGGGUACGCUACUCGACCAGGUCAUCUACCCAGACUCCUACGCCGAUUUCUUGGAGAAGGAUAUGAGUAUUGAGCCUCGGGGAGGCGGUUCGGGGAAUAACAUUAGGGAUAUACUGGAAAGUGUUUUUCUGUCAUAUCUCCCUGAGCGAGAAGGCGGAUGGAGUACGAGGAAGGAAUGGAGAGAUGUAUUGAGUGGUGGCGAGAAACAAAGGAUGGCCAUGGCCAGGGUAUUUUAUCAUCGACCAAAGUUUGCCAUUUUGGAUGAAUGCACCAGUGCAGUGUCCAGUGAUGUUGAGGGUCGAAUGUAUCAGCAUGCAAGAUCUUUGGGUAUCACUCUAAUCACGAUUUCCUUAAGACCCUCUCUUAUGAAAUACCAUACCCAAGUGUUAAACGUACUAGGAAAUGACACCGGUCGAUGGACUCUGGCCCAUAUCGGCCAAGACGCAGUGCUCACGCCUAUGGCCGAAGCCGAAGGAGACGAAGGAGAAUUGUGGCUGGGAUUCAACAAGGAGAUUGCCUCUCUCGAACGGACACUCAAGAAAGUGGAUGGGUGGGAUAAGCGGCUGAAGGAGUUGAAUACAUUGUUGAAGAUGUGAAACCAGACAAUUUAGUUGUGGGAAAAUUAACUUUCGUAUAAUAAAGUGUAAAUAUUUUGCAUUAUUCACCGUAAACCCUAUGCGACACUCUAUAUGUAAGGGAGUGUGGUUUAUGAG